AUCAACUGAGUGUGAGUCACUGUAGAAUUCUCCACUAUGGUGGACCACAGCCGAGGAUGGUUUUGCACCAUGAAGGUGCUCACCACGGCAUUGCUUCUAGUCACCCUGCAGUGUUCCCAUGCCCUGAGUCCCACCAACUGUGAUGCCUCCAAGCCUCUGGCUGAGAAAGUUCUAGACCUGAUCAAUAAAGGGCGGAGGAGUGGCUAUACUUUUCAGCUGCAGCGGGUCUCUGAUGCCCACUUGGACAGAGUGGAAAUUGCCACCGUCUACUACUUAGUUUUAGAUGUGAUAGAAUCUGACUGUUGGGUCCUCUCCACAAAAGCCCAGGAUGACUGUCUUCCAGCCAGGUGGACAUCUGAGAUAGUGAUUGGACAGUGUAAGGUAAUAGCCACAAGAUCCUCAAAUGAGUCUCAAGAUCUUAGCGUGAAUGGCUAUAACUGUACCAUGAGUUCCGUCUCUUCAGCACUUAGCAACACCAAAGACAGUCCUGUACUCUUCGACUUCUUUGAGGAUUCCGAGCCCUACAGAAAGCUAGCCCGGAAAGCCCUCGACAAGUACAAAGCGGAGAAUGGUGACUUUGCCUCAUUCAGAGUGGAACGGGCCGAAAGGGUUAUAAGAGCGAGAGGAGGGGAAAGGACCAAGUACUUCGUGGAAUUCUCGGUGAGGAACUGUUCCACACAACACUUCCCCAGACACCCUCCGGUCUUUGGAUUCUGCAGAGCAGUUUUGUCCUACAGUAUAGAAGCCUCUGACUUGGAAACCCCAGAAUACACUGACCUGACCUGUGAAGUCUUCAACACUGAGGAUCUUAAAAACAGGAGCGACAUGAAACCCCAUCGGGGCCAUGAGCAUCCUCAUUGUGACAAACAUCUGUGUAAGCUCAGUGGACCCAGGGACCAUCAUCAUACCCAUAAGACACAUGAAAUUGGAUGCCCACCACCACCAGAAGGAAAAGAUAACUCAGACAGAUCACCCCUUCAAGAAGAUGCCCUUCCACAACGGCCCCCUGGCCAUUCUGGUCCUUCUGGUACCAACAGGAGCCAUAGACCCCCUCAUAAUCACAGUUGUAAUGAGCAUCCUUGCCAGGGACAGCAUCCCCAUGGACACCACCCUCAUGGUCAGCAUCCUCAUGGACACCACCCUCAUGGACACCAUCUUCACAGGUACCACCCCCAUGGUCACCAUCCUCAUGGUGACCAUCCCCAUGGACACCAUCCCCAUGGACACCACCCCCAUGACCAUGAUUUCCUUGACUAUGGACCUUGUGACCCACCUUCCAAUAGCCAAGAACUCAAGGGUCAGUAUCAUCGGGGACAUGGUCCACCACAUGGACACUCAAGGAAAAGAGGGCCAGGUAAAGGACUCUUUCCUUUCCACCAACGACAAAUCGGAUAUGUCUACCGACUCCCUCCACUGAAAGUAGGUGAAGUUCUCACUCCUCCUGAAGCCAAUUUCCCCAGCUUCUCCUUGCCAAAUUGCAACAGACCCCCACAACCAGAGAUUCAGCCCUUCCCUCAGACAGCCUCAAAGUCCUGUCCAGGGAAAUUUGAGAGUAAGUUUCCACAAGUUUCCAAGUUUUUUUUAACAUAUGCCUCCAAAAUAAAACCUGAUUCCUUGGUAGGGGAAAGAGUACAAUAUUCUGAAUAAAUAAAAUAUGACCAGUUAGAAAUGAAAA